UUGUUGCUUUCAUUAGGUGUUAUGUACAAAUACGAACAAGGCCUGCUACAAUACAAUUGCUUUGAGAUACUGCUAUUGAUAUUCUGACGCUCCCUGACACUUGUGGCGUUAGAAAAUGAGUAAAUCAGUAAAUGAAAUGCUAUCCAAAGCAAAGCACAGAUAGGAAUGGAGAAAGACGGUCGACAGAUCUUGUGUGGUGCCCCAACGGUCCAAUAGGCAAAGAGGGAAGCAGUUAAGAAGUCCAUGACACAAUGUGCAGAGACAUCAAGCCAUCAGUCAGGCUAAAGUACAAGAAUGAGUUUAAGUGUAAGACUAUCUGAAGCCUUCAUAGAAAAACAUAGCGCAAUAUUUCCUGAGUCUCUGAUACCGGAUUCAUGGAAUUUGAAUAAAUUUGAUGUUUAUUAUCAACUGGAUCUAAAAAUGUGCCAGUUGAAAUCACUGGAUUAUGCAUUUGCAUGGGAAAAUGAAAGCUCUGGAGCAAACUAUUUGUCGUCCAUCACAGAAACACCAUCUAAAGUGAUCAAACUGGAUGUUUCUCUCAAUGAGCUUACAUCAUUGUCACAUGAGAGUUUAGAGCCCUUCAAGGGUUUAAGAUGUCUUGAUGCUUCAUUGAAUCAAAUCAAAUACUUUCAAGGUAUUGAAGUUCUACGACAUCUCCACACAUUGAAUCUAUCACACAACUGCAUCAAAAGUGUGGACGGCCUCCUUCUAUCUCAUUCUUUAGGUGAUCUCAAUCUCAGUAAUAAUCAAAUAGAAGACAUCUCUGGUCUCCCUAGUCUUAUCAAUUUGAGAAUAUUCAAUAUAAGUUCCAAUAAGCUUCAAAGUCUUGAUGGUGUCUCAUCACUUCCAAGACUUGAAGAAAUCUAUGCAGAUAACAAUAUAUUGAAAUCUCUGACACCACUUGUAACUUGUUUUCAUGUCUGCGUGAUCAGUGCAGCCAAUAACCAGAUCCACAGUAUUGAUGAUGUCAUGAGAGUAGUUUCUAGUCACAAAAGUUUGGAGUCAUUGAACCUUAGUGGGAAUCCUGUUGAAAGACAGCACACCUAUCAAUCAGACAUUCUGAGAGCUGCCAACAAAAUUUGGACUCUGGAUAACGUGUCUGUUAAACCAAUGGCUGCUGUUUUGGAUGACCACAUGCAACAUGCUGAUAACAUUAUCUCUUUCCAAGCUUCUGCACGUCAAAUGUUUGAAAGCAGGUUAAGAGUGGCCAAAGAAAGAAUGGAAGAAAAUGUCAAUUUUUUACAGAGAAGAAUUGUAGCCAUACAGCAAGAGUUCAGUGAAUUUGAGAAGAAAAAUCAAGCAGACAUGGAGGCUUGUUUGAGAUACUUGGCAACACGUGGGAUGGAUGAGCUGUCCAUUAUUGGAAGAGAGCCAAUAGGAGCUUCUCCUAGACAGGGAGACUACAGAUCUAGAAGAAGAAAGCCUAAAUUUGAUUACAGUGGAAUUAAAGAAACUGAUGAGGUCCUGCGGAAUGUAUUUAAGGAGCUUGUACGUCAGAAAGGUCAGCAGAUGGACUAAUAAGUUUACAUUUAAAACAGUUUAAACUAUUAAAGUAUAUUUUUAGUUUGGUAUUGGUUAUUUUACAAUGUGAUAAGUUAAUAUUUAAUUUUUCCAGACAUGUUUUUUAUAGGGUUUUUUAUAAGCCUUAUUUUUUAAAUCUUUUUUUUUUUUUUUUUUUUUUUUUUUACAUUAAAAAAAAACCCAGACCAGCCAAAUAAUUCUAAUAAACCUUAAAAGAAAGGUGAAGUAGACAGUAAAUAUUACUGGGAAUGGAAUAUAUAAUAAAUCAGCAUUACAGUUAAAAAACAUAACCACUCUUUGUUUCAACAAGUACAAAGUCCACAUAGCUUUUUUUCCCUAAGUUAAAUUUGAAGAUUAUAAGAGAGCUGGCCACUUGGAAUGGGACAUCUCAAACCUAGUCAGAUGUGCUGCACCUAUUUUUCAUACAAGUUUCUGCCACCAUUUUACAUCUGUGUUUAUACAAAUUGUUGUAAAAUUUACACACAAACUUACUUCCAAAAUAAUCAACAAAUUCAGUGUAAGUUCUUAAUUGUAACAUUAUUAAUUUUUGUUAAAUGUUAAACAAAUAAAAAUACAAUGCUAAAGCUUGUAUAUUAUUGUCAUAAGAUGUAAAUAAUUAUUAUUAUUCUUUUAUGUUAAUUAGUGGAGGCUGUGAUAGAUAUUUGACCAUUGUUUACACUAUACCUGUGAUAUUUGUGGAGUCUGGACACAAGCAGUUAUCUCCUAUAAAUAUCAAGUUAACUCUACACCAGACAGAACAUUUUUGUUUUUAUUUAUUUACCUCAUGUCAGAGGUACAGAUAAAACAUAUUUGUUCAUAUGUUAACACCAACACUUACACUUAAAAAAGUGUCUCUUUCUGUUGCUCAUACCAAUAUGAGAUGGGCUUCCAGAUUUAGCAACAAAACAUCAAUUGCUUGAUUUUAAUUUCCAAUGCCAUGGAGAAUAGAUUAUCAUUUGGAUGUGGGUUGGUUGUUAUAAUUUUAUUUUGUGAAGAAAUAUUGUCGAAAUAUUGUCAGUUCUUAACACAUGUGCAUGGUUACUGUUGGCAUAUUAUUUUAGGCAAAAAUUUUUGUUAUUUUUUUUUCCAGUGUAAUUGAGACUUAUUGCAAUGUUACUGAAAAUUGUUUUUCAUAUUAAAAAUACAAGAGAUA